AUGCCUCGCACCUCUUCCAUUGAUUCGGCGAUAUCAACCCUGUCCUCGGCUUCUCAAAAAUCUACAUUCGAUGCCAACGCGCUGAGCCCGGCCGAUAUUGGCCACUUGAUAAAUGCUGCUGGGUCAGCUGAGGCUGUCAUCGUGCACCUCCUGAAGGAGAAGCAUCAAGCGGCGUCGCAGAAUUCACAAUUAUGGAAACUAGUGGACAAGCAGAGGACGCUGAUCUUGGGUCUGAAUAAAGAUCUCGAGCGCGCCUUGAAGGAGAAGGAAAAGUACAAGAAAAAGCUGAAGGAAGUGCAAGAGUCUGUGCCGCCUGUGCCAACCGCGGCGGAUGUAGUUUCGCAAGCUGGAUUGACCGGGGCAGAGCAGUCACUUCUUAAUCAAAUGGAAGCGGAGCCAGUCCAUGAACAACCAGAUACUCGACAGCUUCCUCAGCCCACUAUUGUGCCACCUUCCGCAGCAUCUCGCAUGGAAUCUGCAGGUAUCAGCAUGAGCCCUUCCAGUGACAUGUCAUCCCCGGUUGGAAAUGACGGCCAAAAGCUCCCCCAUCCUAGUCGCAAGCCCCCACCUGCGCCUCUAGACUUACGACUCCACGCCAGUACUCGGCAAGCACCCACAGAUCACGAUUCAGAUUCCGAUUACGGUGAUGAUCAAGACGACCAACCGAGGGUAGAUGAUCGUGGAAGGCGGAAAACUCGAGAGGAAGAUGACCGAGAUCGUGAGGCUGCGGGGAAGAAAGACAAUGAUCCCCAGGGAUCUAUAACCACAGCCAAGAUUGGAUCCUCACACUCAUCUCGGGACACUGCUACUCCCUCUGAGAGUCCAAAUGCUUCACGCGAGCAAGCCACGAGGUCGCCUCCUAACGUGGGGGUACCGGGAUCUUUGGGCUCAACUCUCAAAGCCCGCGCAAACCUUUCGGCUGCAAAUGGCCGUCCAACCCUCCCAAAUCCCAAGGUGGCUAAUUUGGCACUAGCUGGUUUACCUCUUAGCCCGAGGCCAGAAGAUCGACCACUUGGCUCGCCUUUGCCUCGCAUGCCCCGCGACAUCAACGCAAUGGCAGGUCAAUCUAUGACAGCAGGUACAAACCUUCCUGGACUGCCUCUAUCGCCACGAUUGGGUCAUUACCCUACCCAUUUUGCUCAAUUAGACGCACAGCCUUUGGCUGGUAAGCCUGGUCCCUCAAUUCCAACAAUCGAUCCUACGGUGAUGAUAGAUAGCCCAAGGUCUGCACGUUUCAAUGACUACGGCGUUAUCUAUCAAGGGCUGAUAUCGGAUGAAUAUCCUGGGUUACUCUUACCUCCGAACGCUCUUCCACUGAUUCAGGUUCGGGUCUCAUCUUCCCGGCUUCGACCUUCUCGCAAUAGCUACAUGGUUUCGAAACCUCUGGAAGAAGAGCCUGUUUUCACCCUAAGUGUGAUUUCUCGAUCCGAAGUGACAGAGCUCUGGCGAAUUGAGAAAGUCAUUGCGUCUUUGCCUCAGCUGGAUCAACAAGUUCGUCAAUUGGUCUCUCUGCCCGGCAAAUUACCGGAUCGAAGUAUCUUCAGUGGACAUUCCCCUGCGAAGGUGGAUCUUCGACGAGCGGCGCUCAAUGCCUACUUUGAUUGUCUUUUGGAUACUCCAAUGGAUGAAAAGGCAGCCUUGGUCAUCUGUCAGUUCCUCACAAACGACGCCAUUGAGCCCCGAGAUGAUGAGACCAGUCUCGUGAAAGGACACAAUGGUGCGGCCCAGCCGGAAAUUGCGCGUGGCCCAGACGGCAGGCCCCGAAAAGAAGGCUAUCUAACCAAGCGAGGCAAGAAUUUUGGUGGUUGGAAAGCACGUUAUUUCGUUAUUCAUGGACCGGAAUUGAAAUAUUUCGAGUCACCAGGUGGUCCUCACAUGGGUACCAUCAAGCUUCUUCAUGCUCAAAUUGGAAAGCAAUCCCAGAAUCCAGGAAGUUCUCCCUCUGGUGUUGAGGAGGAUGCCGAUAAUCAAUAUCGUCACGCCUUUCUCAUCUUGGAACCCAAGAGGAAGGACUCCUCGGCGCUUGUCCGACACGUGCUUUGUGCUGAAAGUGAUGAUGAGCGUGACAGAUGGGUGGAGGUUUUGAUGGAGUACGUCGAGAGUCCCUCAUCUGACAGUGAAAGUCGAGGCACCUCAUCUACCAAAAGCCCACCCCCUGGACAAGCACGGCAGCAACCCUCUACUGGAAGCAAGUCUAAGGUGCAACCUAACAACAGCAAAAAACCUGGCAGAGGGGUUGAAAGUCCCGAGCAGGAAGUUGAGACAGCUCCUGUCGGAUUUAGCUUUGAUAAUACUAUAGCUGCAGAGCCUCCUAUCCUUGGCCAUUCUAUUGACCAAGCCCCUCGAUCACCCCGCAUGCCCGCCGGACCUGGAAUUUCGACCGAUCUUCGAGAUUUCAACCAGCAGCACUUCUCAGAGGCUCCCACGCAUUCCCCAAAAAUCAUCUCUGCGCCUACUAAUGCAACCGUGAUUCACGAUGUGGGAGCCUGGGGCAACAAGCCCACAAUGUCCACCAAGGAAAAGAAACGCAGCAUCUGGGGAUUCCGUACUCGAUCCUCUUUUGAUCUGUCGUCACAAGCCUCCAACGACGUGGCUGCAGCACCUGUUGUGGAACGAAAGGAUGUCAGACCUGUAUUUGGCAUUCCUUUGGCCGAUGCUGUCCAAUAUUGUGGACCAGUUGGGAUUGAUGUGGAAUUGCCAGCUGUUGUAUAUCGCUGUAUCGAGUACUUGCAAUCCAAGGACGCAGCACUAGAGGAGGGAAUAUUCCGCUUGAGUGGCUCCAACGUUGUUAUCAAAGCUUUGAAAGAACGUUUCAACAAUGAGGGAGAUCUCGACUUCCUUUCUGUCGACCAGUACUAUGAUGUUCACGCCGUGGCUUCUCUUUUCAAGCAAUACCUUCGUGAACUCCCUACAACAGUGCUCACUCGGGAGCUCCAUCUGGAUUUCCUUCGUGUUCUUGAACUUGAUGACAAGAACAAGAAGAUCGUCGCCUUCAACUCGCUUGUACACCGUCUUCCAAGACCCAACUUGGUGCUACUACGAGCCUUGUCGCUGUUCCUGAUUGAGAUUGUCAAUAACUCCGACGUUAACAAGAUGACUGUCCGAAACGUGGGCAUCGUUUUCGCGCCUACUCUUAACAUCCCUGCGCCUGUGUUCUCAAUGUUCCUGACAGAUUUCGAGAGCAUCUUUGGAGAUGCCGGCUCGGGCUCAGGUCCUGGCCCCUCCAUUGAAUUGACUGUGGAUAAUAGCCUUACACCUGAUGAUAUUCGGUCUCCCCGAAACCAGAUGUUCUCGAAUAUACCCACACCUUCUUACAAUCAGACGACAUUCCGAGGUGCAGAUGGCCCUCCGGACAAUUCUCAGGUUGCCCAUGAUACAGGCUUUGCGCCCAUGCAACCCAGCUAUGAUCAGCCAGCCUAUAGGCAUGAUGCCUACAAUCAACCACCACCCCAAGGUGGCUCGGCUUCCUACGGCUCCUUAUCUGGCAUGUUGUCUCCCGGUCAAGAGGACACUCGAUCGGCGAAGACCAAGAGACGAGAAAGCUCAAUGCUUUUCAUGGAUACCACCCAUACAGAUUAUUCAGUUUACCAGGAGAAGUAA